UAGCAAAAAACUAUAGAUAAAGGGAAACAAUAGCAGCAGCAACUUAUAUAAAAUGGCCUGCGUGACGGAGGAUUUUGCGAAGAAGUGUGAAAUCAAGCAGAAUGAAAUGCUGGGCAGAUUUGUGGUUGCUGCCACCAAUAUUAAGGCCGGCGAGACAUUGCUGCUGGAAGAGCCAACACUGGUGCUGCCCAAUGUGGGCGACAGACGCUGUUCUAACUGCCACAAGUUGACGAACACAUUUUGCAGCAAGUGCCAACUGUUGUCACUGUGCGACGAGUGUGCCCAGCACGAGACCUUUGAUUGUACACGUCUGGCCGAGCUCAAGGCUCAGCUGCAGCAGGAAGAGGAUGUACAAAAAUUGCAGACGCACGCGGAAAUUGGUUUGGCCCUUAAGUGUCUGUUGCUGCGAGAGAGCCAGGAGAAGCAGAGGCAGUUCGAGCAAAUGCUGCAAAUGGAAGCACAUCUUGAGCUCAGACGCGGCUCGGAGAUUUGGUGUAACUACGAGGAGCAGGUAGUGGCGCCAUUGCAGGCAGCAGGAUUGUUAGCGCACUUUCGCAAUGGGGAUCAGGUGAAUGCGGAUCUGUUGCAAAGAUUGCUCGGCAUUUUGGAUGUGAAUGCAUUUGAGAUACGAGCACCGGAGCGUGAAAGUGCCAUGCGUGCGCUCUACGUCCGAGCCGGACUCUUCUCACAUAGCUGUAUGCCCAAUCUGAUGGCCGCCAUUGACGAUGAGCGACGAUUGAAGAUCUAUGCUAAUCGUUUCAUAGCCGCUGGAGAGAUACUCUACUAUUGCUACACCAACGUUUUGCUGGGCACAGAGGAGCGUCGACACAUUCUCAAAACGGGCAAAUACUUUGACUGCAACUGCGCCCGGUGUCUGGACCCCACUGAAUUGGGCACACAUCUGAGCAGCUUUGUUUGCGCCACUUGCGCCUGCCCCGGCGGGUAUGUAGUCCGUCAGCCAGGCUCGGGCGUGUGGCAGUGUCUGCUCAAUGCGGAGCACACGCUCAAGCCGGAGUUCGUGGCAAAUCUGCUGGAACGGGCCAAAGAGGAGAUUUUUCAUGCCAAGGACGACAUCUAUCGGUAUGAAUUGCUGCUGGCCAAGCUGAGUCGUCUGCUGCAUGGCAAUCAUUAUGUUAUGCUCGAUCUGAAGCAAAACAUAGCCGCCAUAUUGAGGCAGAUAUUGCAGAAUAUGGCCCAUCGCCCCAGCCGUAAAGUAUAUGAGCGAAAGAUACGCCUAUGUCAGGAGAUACUGCUAGUUCUGAAGGUAAUACAGCCAGGCAUAUCCCGUUUGAAGGCUAUUGCUUUAUAUGAGUUGGCAAACACGCAAGCGGAGCUGGCCAGAAAAUUAUACAGUGAGCAGGAGUAUGGUGCUGACGAACUGCUGGCAGAACUACAGAGAACUGAAAUAAUGCUUCGCGAAUCCUUGCGCAUGCUGUUGUAUGAGCCUAUAGCUACCCCGGAAGGAAACCUAGCUCGAUGCAUGCUGCGCGAGCUGAAAGAAUUGCAAGAGGAUAUGAAAUUGUUGCUGGUUCCAAGCGUUGGAAAAGCCAAUUGAAUUUAAUUUCAAAUAAAAGUGAGUCGUGGUCCACGUCACGGUUAAUAUUAGAGCGCUUCUGCUCGGAGGUGUUGACAGUUUUAAUCAUCGAUCAAAUAAAAUUAAAAAAUUCACAGUGCUACAAAUAGUUGAAGACUGUUUGGUAUCGUACAUAUUCGGUGGUACAAAUAAAAGGUCGUUAGAUCGAUACUAAGUUUAUCUAA